CUCCAUCAAGAAGCAGUGUGUCUUCCAUACAAUCGAUGCGCUCCCUGAUGAUUAUCAGACGAAGUCGCACUGACACAGAUGAAACAUUGAAAUUAAGUGAUGUCUCCCGCAUACAGUCUCGUGUAUCAGUUGAGCAUCAUUAGCCCCGUCAUCAGGCGCCAUCAAUUAAGCAACAACUCAGCUGAGCAGGAGUAGAUAAGCACCUUAGGAUGCUAUUUCAUUGGCAUGUUCUUCUCGUUCAUACUUUAUGGAGCCACGUUAGCCCAGACAUGUUUCUACUUUCACCGCUAUACUGGGGACAGAAUCGGCUUGAAAGCCCUGGUGGCAUUCAUAUGGUUGCUUGACACAGCCAGAAAAGGCAUAAUGGGGCAGCUGCUUUGGUACACUUAUGUUCAGAACCAUGCCAAUAUCGAGUCAUUGUCAAAGAUCGACAGGGCUUACGGAGUGGAGCAUGCACUUGCGACAGCGACCAUUUUCACGGUGCAAUGCUUCUACUUACGAACAUUCCUGCGUCUGCUCCCUACACAUCGUCUACGCAUACCUGUUGUAAUAUGUGGUUUCAUAUUAGUAGUCGCCUCCUUAGCUGGGAGUAUUGGCGUGAUCUAUGAAGUGUAUUCAAACCCCACAGAUCAGAGUGUUUUUGUGCACGUCAACGUUCCUGGGAGAGUACAAUCCUUCUUUGCGCUGGCAAGUGAUGUCUACAUUACGACAUCCUUGUUCUGCAUACUCUAUACCGCCCGAUCAUCACGGGUGAACUCCACGACAACAGGAAUUCUUUCAAGGCUUAUAGGUUAUACUCUUCAUCGAGGGAUACUCCUUUGCAUCGUUCAAGUCCUCCAAAUUGCUACAUACACCGAAACAGGCUCAGAACUAACAGACGUAUUCUACUUCCCUUCAAGCACAUUGUACGCAAACACACUGCUUGCCGUGUUGAACGCCCGCCAGCACGUCAGAGAAGUUGGUGCCGAUUGUCAGGACCACUAUUCGAUCCCUUUGGCGACCAUUCGUACGGAAGAACCGACAUCUUGAAGAAUUGAGCUCACGUUAGCUACGAGCGUAGUCUGCUCAAUCUCACGUCACAAUGUGGACCUCAAAUUGCUGACAAUGAUAGUCAAUCCAUGUUCGAUGCAUUUCCGGGUAGUACCUCAUGUAUAGCCUUUCAAAGAACUGUUUAUGCUGUCAAACCUACUGUUCCGCGCGGGCAAGAGCGAUCCGGAA